AUGACAACUCUUGCUCCUGCAACCCUCUCUUUCCUUCUCCUCUGGACCCUGCCAGGGCAGGUCCACCUCAGAGUGGCCUUGGCAAAAGAGAAAGUCAAAUCUGGGACCAAGGGGGUUACUCAGCCCAUGUACCCCUCUGAUUUCCUGGACAAGCUUAUGGGACGAACAUCUGGAUACGAUGCCAGGAUUCGGCCCAAUUUUAAAGGCCCACCCGUGAACGUGACCUGCAACAUCUUCAUCAACAGUUUCGUCUCCGUCACCGAGACCACUAUGGACUACCGGGUGAAUGUCUUCUUGCGGCAGCAGUAGAAUGACCCACGCCUGGCCUAUCGAGAGUAUCCUGACGACUCGGUGGACCUUGAUCCCUCCAUGCUGGACUCAAUCUGGAAGCCAGACUUGUUCUUUGCCAAUGAGAAAAGGGCCAACUUCCAUGAGGUGACCACGGACAACAAAUUACUGCACAUCUUCAAGAAUGGCAAUGUGCUCUACAGCAUCAGGCUGACCCUCAUUUUGUCCUGCCAGAUGGACCUCAAGAACUUCCCCAUGGACAUCCAGACCUGCACGAUGCAGCUGGAGAGCUCUGGCUACACCAUGAAUGACCUCGUGUUUGAGUGGCUAGAAGAUGCUCCUGCUAGCCAAGUAGCUGAGGGGCUGACUCUGCCCCAGUUUAUCUUGUGGGAUGAGAAGGAUCUAGGCUAUUGUACCAAGCACUACAACACAGGGAAAUUCACCUGCAUUGAGGUGAAGUUUCAUCUGGAGGAGCAGAUGGGCUACUAUCUGAUUCAGAUGUACAUCCCCAGCCUACUCAUUGUCAUCCUGUCCUGGGUCUCCUUCUGGGUCAACAUGGAUGCUGCCCCUGCCCGUGUGGGUCUGGGCAUUACCACUGUGCUUACCAUGACAGCCCAGAGCUCUGGCACCCGGGCCUCUUUGCCCAAGGUGUCCUACGUGAAGGCAAUCGACAUCUGGAUGGCUGUGUGCCUGCUCUUUGUGUUCGCUGCCCUGCUGGAGUACGCUGCUGUCAAUUUUGUCUCUCGUCAGCAUAAGGAAUUCAUGAGACUUCGAAGAAGGCAGAGGCGCCAACGCAUGGAGGAAGAUAUCAUCCGAGAAAGUCUCUUCUAUUUCCGUGGCUAUGGCCUUGGCCAUUGCCUUCAGGCAAGGGAUGGAGGCCCAAUGGAAGGUUCUGGCAUUUAUAGCCCCCAACCUCCAGCACCUCCUCCAAGGGAGGGAGAAACCAUGCGGAAACUGUACGUGGACUGA